AUGCGCUUUAUACCUUCGUUCCUCACCUGGGCAUGGGCGGGAUUGCCCUCAAAGAAGCAAGCCGUAAAAUCCAAACAACCCCAAUCUUCAAUCCCCUCCCUCCUCCUGCACCCGCUCACCCGGAUCCGCUGGUUCUACACCCGCAUCUGCUCGGAGCGCCACGACCGCCUCUCCUUUCCAUCCGUCUCACUAGAGCAGCCUUCACCCUCCACUCCACCCCGUUUCCCUUUCUGGCUAAGCUGGAUCGUCGUGUUCCCAUUUAUCUACUGCGACCACGAGGAGUUCCGCCGCCCCCGCAACGGCCGCUCGUGGUCGCUGCUCGAGAUGCUCCUAUACUCGUGCCCGCUAUGCCGACAGGAGCGUAAGGGUCGCCUAAGGUCGUUUUACGAGAUCUAUUGCAGGAAGAGGUUGGAGGCUGAGACUGUGAGCCACGUCGAGGAAGUGGAAAAACUCGAUUUUAUCGAGCUGUUGGAGCGAGCUAUAGCGCAUCUAUUCUAUGCAUGCUGGUGGAUGGGCGAGUGGGCAGGCUACUGCAUAGUGAACCUGGUCUUCGACCAUCUCGUCUGGGAACGCGCACAAUGGCUCGCUGAGGCGUAUUGGUGGUGGGGUGAUGGGGUAGUCGCUUGGAGGAAAGAGUGCUAUGCUGUAUCCACGGCCCAUGGUUUUGGACACGGCAAUGGUAUUCAAAAGAACAAGGCUCACCCUGCCCUUGAUUACGUCAAGGUUCACUUAAACUCGGGACAAAACGCCAUCAAUCGCCUGGUUGAGAAGAAGGGCUUUGGGAGAUGGGGUGGUGCGAAGGGAAGUGUCAAGAAUUUGCUCUUUCUGAGUGAUAUGUUGUGGUGGGCGAGCUUGGGCUUCACGUGGUUCUACCUGAUGGCUGCGAAGGGUAGGGUGGUUUCGCAUCUGUGUCAGAUGGUUGGCAUGCAUAAUGCUGAGGUUACGCACGAGUUGGAGCCUUUGGGGCCGGAUUGA